UCGCCGGCCGGAGCUCGUGAGCCUGGGCUGCCCGCCGAGCGGGGCCGGCCCCCGGGAACUGGAGGAUACUGCAACAUCCUCGGGGACAUACAGAAAGCUGAGCUGGAGCCUGUGUGGGACUUAAAAAGGACUUCCAGUUGGUGGUAGCCUGAGGAACUUCCUUUCACUCCAAUGUUGCUCCGAAACUAAUUGUCGCCAGAAUUCGAAACGAUCAGGUUUGCUAAGAUGCCUCAGGAACAGUACGCACACAGGAGCGCCAUGCAGAGCUCGGAAGGCCCACAGGUAUACAAAGUGGGGAUUUACGGCUGGAGGAAGAGAUGCCUCUAUUUCUUUGUGCUACUCCUAAUGAUUUUAAUCCUGGUGAACCUUGCCAUGACCAUCUGGAUUCUCAAGGUUAUGAAUUUCACAAUUGAUGGAAUGGGGAACCUGAGAAUCACAGAGAAAGGUCUGAAGCUAGAAGGAGAUUCAGAAUUCUUGAAACCUCUCUACGCCAAAGAAAUCCGGGCCAGACCAGGCAAUCCAUUGUACUUCCAAUCUGCCAGAAAUGUUACAGUGAACAUUCUCAAUGAGAAGACUAAAGUCCUUACUCGUCUUGUAACAGGUCCCCAAGCAGUGGAAGCACACAGCCAAAAAUUCGAGGUGAAAUCCCUCUCUGGAAAAUUGCUGUUUUCUGCAGAUGACAACGAAGUGGUCGUGGGAGCAGAGAGACUGAGAGUUUUAGGAGCAGAAGGCACAGUGUUCCCUAAAUCUAUAGAAACUCCCAGUGUCAGGGCAGACCCCUUCAAGGAACUAAGACUCGAGUCACCCACACGCUCUUUGGUGAUGGAGGCUCCAAAGGGAAUCGAAAUUAACGCAGAGGCUGGCAACAUGGAAGCCACAUGCAGGACGGAGCUGAGGCUGGAAUCAAAAGAUGGAGAGAUUACGCUGAAUGCUGCAAAUAUCAGACUACCUAGAUUGCCUCUAGCAUCCCACUCCUCUACUGGAUCCAGGCAAAAAAUCUACGAGCUGUGUGUGUGUUCCAAUGGGAGGUUAUUCCUGUCUCAGGCAGGAGCUAGUUCCACCUGCCAAAUAAACACAAGCAUCUGUUCUUAAGAGACGGUUCGCAGCAGGCAUUGCAGGCAGCACAAAGGCCCUGUUCUGGUCUCACAGAUAGCCGCUGCCAACUAUUUUUGCUAGAACCCAGAAAGCCUAUCAAAGACUUUUUUGUGUGUGUGCGCGUGUGUGAAUAUAUAUAUAUAUAUGAAUAUAUAUAUAUAAAAAGAUAUAUAUAUAUCCUCUGUGUAAAAUGAUGUUUCAGUACAAUGAAUCCCAGGGUGACCCUAUUACAUUCUGUUAAAUUGGACUCACUACUCCCUGAACCCUUUUGUAUUAAUAUAGUCUAAUGGUCCUCCCUUAUUACUCACCGUCUCCUCAUGGCAAUGAGAACAAUGUCUGAUUCAGUACAUGAACUGACGUACUCCUGGCAUCAUGCAAGAGGAGAACAACAACUCUGAUCAUUUUUGCACCAUUAAAAAUCAGUGGCAACAGAAUGGCCAGCAAGGCAGAGCAAAUGGCCUCGAGAACUCCAAGACGCCUGUCACUAAAUUACACUCUAUUUUAAAUCUAAAGUAGAGCAGCCUAAUUGGGAGACGCUACACUGCCCACCAGGAAAACUGGGUUUGAUUCCCAGUGCUGGUCUCCCACCCCUUAGCCUUGGGAAGCAGGGAAUAUAGGCCCCGAUCCUGUUCUCGGUGGAGUAAAUGGCAAAACUCCCAUUGACUUAAGUGGUGCUGGAUCAGGCCCAGAGAAGGUAGAGAAUAGCAUGCAUCAUUCAGCUGUGAAGCACCCUGCCAGUGAAGGGGCGAUGUUUAAUGGGCUCUGAAGGGAACCCCUUUCAGUCCUCCUUGGCAGAUAGAGGUAUAAAAGAUCAGGGAAUUUGACAUGUACAUGGGGGUCACUGCCUCUGGGAGAAAAAUCAAAUUCAGGCUAAUUCUGUUUUCCUGGGGCUUACAAUAGUGAUCCCUGUUUAUGUAACUCACAUUUGAUUACGUUACUUUGCAUCAACAGGAAAACUAACUGUGCGAAUGCCACAGCCCCCGUUAAGAAAAAAAAAAAAAAAAGCUUUAAUUAAAAAAAAAAAAAAAGCCUGAGAAAAAUUGUUGCAAUUACAAAAAUACCAGGUCUACAUAGCCAUCAAGUGUUCUAGUUCACCUUAGAGCAUUCAGUCCCACACUCUAGGAGUCUGGGGUAAUUCUGCUUUUAAAAUAAACCACCUCUCUUUCUCUCUCACACACACACACACACACACACACACACUCUCUCUCUCUCUGAGAGACAGUGAAACUCACACAAAAGAGAAGUAUUAUCCAAAUUCUCUGCAGGGAUUUUUUUUUUUUAAACAGGGAGGACAGUCUGAAGUCACUCACUUUUUAUGGAAAUUGCAAAUAUCAGAGAUGCUGAUUAUGAAACAGGACUUUUAAAAAAGGUUUUAUAAAGAUCAUGACCAAAUAAGGUCAUGGAAAAGUAAGGCUUUGGGCUCUGGGUCAUGUUGAACUUGAACCCAAAUAACUCAGUAUUUGAAUCUGGUUUUCAUGAGUGGGGGUUUUUACCUCCAUGAGGCAUUUAUGGGAAAGGAAAAAUGUGAGAUCUGAUCUUGUCACACUGUUUCCAUUAUCCAAAAAUGGGAAUACCAUGAGCAGUGUGGAGAUCUCAUAGUUACUGGGUUUCAACUCCAUCAAUGGCUCCCCCAGGCAUUUAAUAAGCCUGUGAAAAACAUAUAUGGUAAAUUUUUCAAAAGUGCCUAAGUCCUAUUAACUUUCAAUGAGACCUGGGUUGCUAAGGCAUUUAAGUGCUUUUGAAAACUUUACCCCUAUACAAAUACUCAAACCUGUGCAUACCUCUGGUGAUACUGAGAAUACAUUGAUUUCACUCAAACAAUUUUCAAGAUUAAAUAUCACAAAAACAAAAUGUUUAGAGACAGUUUGGCCAAUUUCUACAUGAGUCACUUGUAUUUUCUUGGGGGCUCGAGAGUGCCAGGUUUCUGGGUUUUUUAAAUGCGCAUAUAGGGCAUAAUUCAAAGCCAGCUGAAGUCAAUGGAAAGACUCCCAUUGACUUAUAUGGAACUUGGAUCAGGCUGUUAGAAAAAAAACCUAUCCCACGUCGUUCCUUCUGGUUGUUUUGCUCGCUAACAAAGCACACUUGAGGACACCCAUAAAAUUUUACACUUGACGGAGGUUGAAAAUGAUUAGUUCUACAAUUUUCUUAGUGUUGCAGUUAGGUUAAUUGUCAAAUUCAAACUAUUUGUUAAUUAAUGCAAAGGGUCACCCAGGAUAACAAUUGUAUUGGGACAUAGGACUAUACCAUCUCUGUUCAAAGAGGGGAAAUUGUGCCUAUGCCUUAAGUCAAUGCACUCAGCAAGGAGAAGCACAUCAUAUUUAUCUUGUUAUUAAAACUACUUUAUUUUGUGGGGGGACAGUUGGAAGGGAGGGAGGCGGCUGUCAACAGAUGUCAUGGGAGCCGAUGGUGCAACAUGAAGCAGACUUAAGUGAAAUCCAUAAAGGCUGUGAGGGCUGCUGGAGUGAGUACAGACUUUUACCAUAUUAAAUAUAACAAAAGACAAUGUAUGUUACCUCCGGACCAUAGCUGAAGUCCCACUCAUAGCCCCAAGUGGAAUACAUUUACUGUAGUAUUUUUUUCUCAUUUCAUUUUGUAUUAGACAGUAAUUCUCAUCAUAUGCAAGGGCCGAUUCAUAAAAAAAUUAUUUGUCCAGGGUGAGCAAGGUUAUCGCGAAGUUUGUGCUGCAGAAAGAGUGUAUCGUGCCAAGAGCUGCUCUUAUUUCACUUUUCUCCCCCAAUGAUUGAUUCUAGUGCUAGUGAAAGGUGCUGGGUAGAGCACCAGAACUGGCAUGGGAAGGGCUGGGGUAGCGUGUAGUUUCCUGUACUGCACUGCCAAUAUUCCUCAGCCUGGCCGAGCAGCUUCCACCCGUGUGUUGGAGGGGAGCUCAGUCUUUACCUUCAUUCAGUCUUUGCCCUCCCUGCGGAACGGUUCAGUGCCAUGUGCAGUGAGAGUUCUAGUGAUGUAGAUGCUUAUCUACCGGAAACUAAACUGAGAUCAUCCUCCUCAUUUCACCAAGGCCACGAGAGACCCUUGAGGCCAUUCCGUCAUUUACCAGCCUGAGCUGGAUUUGAACUGAUGACCGAAGUACCUGUCCCUAUCACCAUGACAGCUUGUUGUUAGUGCAGGUCCUCUUUCUCAGGUAAAAAGAGUACCUUCGUUCUGGAUAAAUGAGGAGAGCCCAACUUUGUAUGAGUACGUAGAAAAGCGUGCGUUUCUAGCUUUUAAAAUGUUAAAUUACAUGCUGUUGGGGAAAAAAAAUCUCUUUGCUCUAACGGGUGAAAUUCACCCCUGUGCAGACUUACGCACCUCUUCACUUCCACUUAAAUCCUCACUUUGGGGCUUACGUGGUCUCCUAGACCUUGUGCUGUCCCCCUGCACAGUAGUCAGUUUCACCCAGGUAGAGAAAAGGUCUUCACUAAACAGAGUGUGUAAGUUCCUGCAGCUUCUGAGGAGCAAUCGCUUUGCUCGGCAAAGGUUGAGGUAGGGUUAACACACUUAAGUUCAACAAAAGCGAUGUACUGAACUAAAGCAUCCCUGCCCAAUGAGGAUAGAAUGUCUGGAAUAUAAAGCACCUUCGUGCAAGGUACAGUACAUUUUGGGGGGUCAUUUUUAGCACAGCGAUGUUGCCAAGCAACUCCUGUAUUAAUGGGAGUCACGUGAUUAAAAGAACCCUUGUGCCGUGACUUAAAUUUUACCAUUUCAGUGCUGAUGGGAAGACAGGUCACACAAAAUCACCUAUUUCAUUUCUUCCCUCUAUUCAUCUCCUAGAAAAGGAUCCCCUUCCCACUCCCCUGGGGGAUUCUCGUUUGCUUGAGAACAAUGAAAACCUUUGCUUAAAAAGGGAAGGAAUGUUACAUGACACUAAACUCCAAGGGUGCCCGUUGGUUAUUGUUAGGAGACAACAGUACUCUGUGGCCGGUAGUACUUUAGUAAAUGGAGAUCUAGUCAGUGCUGCAGUUGUUGACCAUACAACACUGUGUGUCAUUUGAUAGGUUUAGUUUGCAUAUUUCUUUGACUAAUUAUUUUCACUGUAUAAGAUUGUUUCUGCCCAUAGCCCGCUCAUCUCCUAGGAGAUCGCUACUCAAGACUUGCUUAGUUUCAAUUUCAUACACACAAACUGUCCACAGAAGUUACAAGAAAAUUGCCAGCCAACAAACUGAUAUAUUUCUUUAUGAAUCGGACCCACAAUUUGGUUCAGUCGUCAUCAUUUGCCCAUGAAGGGCUGGUAUUUAUCUCAAAUAAGGGUUCCUUUUAUCUCUCGCAACUUAGGACAGGCUGGGAGGGAUAGGGAGCCGGCUUCUAUUGAAGUCAUUGGGAUAUAUACCAUUGACUUCAGUGCCUGCGGGAUCCAGCCCAGGGUCUUUCUGGGUUCAGAUUUAGGCCACUGAAGUCAAUGGGAACACUGCCGUCUAUGUCAGUUGUUGCAGGAUUGAGGCCGGACUCAGAAUUGUACACAAUUCUGCACUGAAGCUAUGUGCAUUCAAAAUACUUGCUAAUCAAGGGACUGUGUUAUUGUCAAUAUACCUUAGGCAACCAUGAAUACUAAAGCUAAAGAUAAAUGCUUUUAUGUAUUGUAACUCUUGACUUUAAUAGAGCUUCAGUAACAUGCUACAUUUGCUUUAAAUGCCACAGUUACUAAGUAGUAGAGAAAAUGACUAUUAGUGCUUGUCUUUACACAAUACCUUAUCCAUAUUUACUGUAUGAACUCCCUGCCAUAACAGGUAUGUCAGGGCGGUCUUUAAAAACAAAAAGACUUUGCCAUUAGCAACAACAGAGUUCCUAAAACUGAUUAUAUAUCUGCAUCACUCUCCAAAUUUCAUUUGUUUAAAGUAUGUAUUAUCCAGCCGUCAGCAUAAUUACUACAUUGAGAGUUCAAAUGAGAUGUUAGCACUAAAGGAACUGUCAUGCAAAGGGAAAGCCAGGGACUACACUAAGCUAUAUAUUAGAACUCCCCUAGAAAUUUUUAGAAGGUUAAAGGUUAGCGCAACUGUGGUCUAUAUUUGUUUCCUUCGAUCAGGUGUUUUCAAUCCGAUUAUUUUUUUAAACUUCAAUACAAACGUGAUACAGAAAAUAAAAAUUAUGAACUUAAAUGACCACCUGCAACAUUCAGCAUAACAAAAUGAUGUCUAAACCAGGCUAACCCUCCAUUCCGUCUUCGAGACUGCUCCAUUGUUAAAGAGGAAGAUUCCUAUGGCGCUUGGGAAGAGGUCAGGUUCGUUUGAGCCCCGUAGCCAUGCAAAAGCUGAAUGAAAAGGUCUGUAAUUGUUGCACCCCUUGAAUGUGCAGGGCUCUUAAGUGGAAUUGGCUUUUGUUUGAAUUGGGGGGGUUGGGGGUGUUUUUUUUAAAUAUUUGUUGUUAUGGCUUUAAGUUUCAUAUCAUAAAGGGGAGUGAGUCACAGACCAAAGACUGUUAGAAGUGCUGCCCCGCACCAACUGUGUUAACUUAAUGGUGCUUAUUGGAACUGGGCAGGAAACCCAGAGUUCAUUGCAUAGCUUCAGUGCACUAGACUAGAACAGAGGAAAACAAACUCAGUUAACAGGCGAAAGAAAGUAAGUGUCAUAUUCUGUGCUGCGUACAAAAGGCAAAGAGUGGUCUAAAACUGAAAGAAGAAAAAAUGCAGUAUUGAAGAAGGUUGUUAAUAUCACAACAUUUCUGGUGGAGAGGGAUGAAUAAGCUAAAUGUUGUUAGCUGCUCACGUGCAUUUUCGCAUUGAUGUGUGUGGAACUCCGACAGCGCUAGUGAGACUUACCUGUGUAGAUCAAGGAGAACCCUAAGCUUACGCUUCAGUGAUGACCCUGGUUCAAGUGAUUGGCUUGCUGCCAAAAGGCCAUCUGAAAGUUGGACUUAUGAACACCUAAUUGCACCUGCAGUGCAGAAGAGUAACUACGCCGUGACUGCUCAAUCUUUAACACACAUACAGUUAAACAGAAUUACGGUUGGACUACUUUUUGGUAAUUUUGUUGACUUUUUUUUAAGUUUGAAAUUUUCUAAUUCGAAAAACAAAUGGGAAAAAAGCUGGUAAUAGAUUUGUGAAGCAUUUUCAACCAGCCGGUUGGAAAUUUUCAAAUCUGGAAAUUUCAAAAUAUUUUAAAAUUUUGCAAAACAGAACAUUCUUAAAUCUUAAUUUCUCUCCCUCCUUCCUUCCCCCCCGCCCAUCUCUAAACAAUUACCACUGAAUAUUUAAGCAGGCAAAAAACGCUAUUGAUGUGUGAUUCAACUCAGUCCUUCCUUCCUCUCAGCACUCUAUGCUUCUAUAGAAACCCAACUACAUAGGACUCAUUGUUUUCACAGGUGACCUAACAGAGCUUAUGGUUGAGACAUGGGGAGGGUUAGAAAUUGGCAUGGCAUUGAUACCAGAGAUUGGCCUACCCAGACAGCGAUGAAGUAAGCAGGGGAAAAGCAUGUUAAUAGAUAGCUCCUUAGUGAUACUGAUAAAGUGAUUCUCUUUUGUCUGUUUACACUAUUACCUUUAAAUUAACAACACAUUUUGGAUGGAUCUGAUUGUGAUUAUAUUCAAUCCUUGUUUGAACCAACCUGAGAUAAUGCCACUGAUCCCAUUUAAAGGCUGUUGUCGGACCCAUUCGUGUCAGAAUGUUGGGGAGCUUGUUUAAUGAGGACGACAAAUUUCCAUCCACAUUAAACACAAGGGUUUGGGAUUGGGUUAGAAAAAUAGGACUAGCUGGUGUUUAAACAAACAUUGUCAUGUUUGAAAAGCAUGUGGCAAUAUAUAUACAGCCCUGAAGCUUUCUAAAGCUAAGAAUUUCCUAAUCUGCAAAUUGCAUUCUACUGAGUCUUGUUUAAAAAAAAAAAAAGCCACUCUUUUUUUGCAGGAAAGGUGGAUAUUUAAAGCUCCAGGACUAUAUAUCUACAGAGAAAGGGGGAAAAUCCUCAAUCAUAAUUCCACUGAGACUUCCCAGGCACCUCCCUUUAAACUAGAAGUGUGAGCCCCUGAACAAUUAAUUUUGCUACAGGUGUAAUUCCUGUGUGAAAGUCAGCAUCAUUGUCACUUUCAGGAAAUGUCUCAU